AGGAGGUACCAUCGUGCAGACCUCAACGGGAAUCAGCUCCUUCUCAUGCCUUGUGCAUCUCAUAGUUGUAGACCGUGUUUAAAUCUCUUGAAGCGGAGGACUUUUUAAGUUCGUCUCCUUUAGGACUGCUCAGCUGCACAACUGCCUUCAAUUUCCCCCCCCCCAAACAAGUCUUUAAAUCGAACAGCGUAAUUUUUUUUAAAGAUGACCUGGACGGUGAGCAGUUGUUUUGUCACUCUGGCCAUCCUGUUCCUUUGGCGGGUGGAAGAAAUAGCAGAAGCCUGCAGCUGCUCCCCAGCGCAUCCUCAGCAGGCGUUUUGCAGCGCAGACGUCGUUAUCAGGGCAAGGGUAGUUGGGGCGCAGGAGGUUGAAGUCGGCAACAACAUCUAUGGAAACCCCAUCAAACAGAUCAAGUAUGACAUCAAACAGACCAAGAUGUUCAAAGGUCCUAACCAGGACAUUGAUGCCAUCUACACUGCUUCUUCCUCUGCAAUGUGUGGAGUGACUCUGGAGACCAGUGGCAAGGAGUAUCUUAUCACAGGCAGACUGGAGGCUGAUGGGAAGAUGCAUAUUACGCUGUGCCAUUUCAUUGAGCCCUGGGAUGCCCUGAGUGACAUUCAGAGGAAGAGCCUGACUCAGCGCUAUGCCAUGGGCUGUGAUUGCAGGAUCACUCGCUGCACCACCGUCCCCUGCGUGAUCAGCAGCCAAGCGGAGUGCCUGUGGACGGACUGGGUGUUUGAGAAGACAGUCAACGGAGAGCAGGCCAAACAUUUUGCUUGCAUCAAGAGGAGUGAUGACUCCUGUGCCUGGUACAGAGGAGCUGCACCGCCCAAAAAGGAUUUCCUGGACAUCGAAGACCCUUAACUCCACCACUUGUCUGAUGGUCUGAGGAUGUCUACAGUUGAAAUAUACUAAAAUAUAAAUACCAAAAACAGAAAUAAAUACACAAGUCAAAUGGUUAUUUUGUUUUCUUCUUAUUAAGAAAGCUGCAGGGUGUGCGUGCUUUGUGGUGAGGUUGGGGAAAAAAUGGAAUUGUUACAUUAUUUAGUUGCAGGACUUGUUUAGUUUUUUUCUUCAUCAGUCUUAUAAAUUCAACACUUUCUGAUUCUUCUACCCCAAAAUCUAAAGCACUUGCUCAUGAACCACUUUUCCCUCAGCUGAAAUAAAGGGAUAGUCAUCACAGCACAGUGUUGCACUUCACAGUACUUUUGUUUCUGCGCUAGUAAUUCCUGACGUUUUUUUUUUUUUUUUUUUUUUUUUAAUAUUCCUUUUUAACCAAAGGUAUUGUUUGAAACAAACUAUAAUUUAAUAAUGAAACACAAACAUAUCUAAAACUCUUAAAUGUCACAAUUCUGUGAAUCUGUUGGUAAAUAACAUUAGCUGGUAAUCGGCAUCCUGAUUUGUGACAGCUACCGCAAGGUAUUAAUGCCACCUCUUGCCUGUCCUACUUCUUAUUCUUGUGCUGCGAAUAAAAAUCUUUUCACUUCUGUUUUUUUCUUUCCUUUUUUGGUGUGGAAAACACGUUUAGAAAAAAAGAGUGGCACGUUAAUGAUCACAUCAAUAAUCCUGAAUAGACAAGAAUGCACUUUGAACAAUGAUCACAGCAGUCAUAUUGUCUUGAGUUAAAUUGUCUGAAAAAGGGGAUUGAAUCCUCCAUUUUGUAUUUUUUUUAUAUUACAGCUUCUCUUUAUAAUGCUUUAGUAAGUGUAAGAGCCUAUUUUAUUUAAGGAGGAAAAAACACCCUCAUUUUGAUGCUUUUUAUGACAAAUGACACCAUUGGUAUUGUAUAAAGUAUUUUAACAGUAGCAAAUUACACACAUUCUAUGUGCAUUAAAUGUCAAAUUGUUGGCCUUAACUGUUUGACUGGCUUAUCCUUUGGGGCAGUGAAUUAAAGAACGCAUGUUAAACAAUUAUACAUUUAUUGCAGAGCCAUGGAAAUGACCAUAAACGUGUUUAACAGAUGUCAUGUGACUUUAAAAAUGAUUAUGAGAGUGUAAAAAAAUUCUUCAUAUGAAACUGUAGUCAUUUAUGAUGUCUUGUGCUGGUUUCACAUGGGACUUUUGAGAUAAGAUGAUUUUUGCAUGCAUGUCCAACUGAAAUAAUACUGUACAUUUGACUAUUAAAUGCCAAACCCUG